AUGUCAAGCCAACCCAAUGGUCACGGCCCGAGUAUUAAUGGUCGUCAGAAUGGAGAGCCAAAUGGACAUCACGGUAGCCCUUCGGCCGCAACGGAGAAGGUGGCUCCUGCCACCCCUUCUAGUUUGGAGAGUCCGCAUAUAGUAUCCCAUAGGACCAUGCCAGUCCGUCCGGGAGAUAAACGUGCAGUAGAUUUGGACAAUUAUUUUUCUGGACCGUUGGAUCCCACAAAACAUUCCAAGCUUCCGUAUUUCAUGCGGUUGCACGGAAGCAUCUUGCCGAGCCUCGUGAUGCCCAUCCUUUUUGUGGCAGCUUGGGCAACCACUAUCACUGUCAUUAGUGAAAGAGUCCACUCGCUUGCUGUUGAUUCUCUCUUGUUGACCGUAUUGGGUUUCGUGGUCGGUUUGUCGCUGUCGUUCAGGUCAUCAACGGCAUAUGAGAGGUAUGCUGAGGGGAGAAAAUUCUGGGCCCAAAUGACUCUACAUUCGAGAAAUUUGGCAAGGAUCAUUUGGAUCCAUACAAGUGAGGGUGAAGGCGAGCAGGGCAAAGAUGAUGUUCUUGGUAAAGUCUCGGCUAUCAACCUCAUACUGGGCUUCUGUCAAGCGGUCAAGCACAAGCUUCGCCAUGAAAUUGAAGCUGAUUAUGCCGACCUCGAACCGCUCAUCGACCAUCUUGACACGUUCGCGAAACGUGCUCGCUCAUCCGAUAGAUCUGCAACGGCCCAUAAUCUAGGUCUCUCCAACCGCUCAAAAUUCCAAACCUGGGGUGAGAAUCUCGGCCUCCCAUUCUGCGAAUCCAACCCUCAAAAGUCCAUCAAAGUAGCCCGUAAGCAAGGGAAGCACCACGGGAACCUACCCUUGGAGAUUAUGAACUACCUCUCCUCCUACUACGAGCACUGCAUCAAGAGCGGCACUCUUACGGGUCCCUGCUGGCAAUCUCAGGUCUCGACCAGCCUCAUGCUGAUGAUGGACGCCUAUGGCGGUUGUGAACGCGUCCUUAGCACUCCACUCCCGCUUGCGUACAAUAUCGCCAUUUCCCAAAUCACCUGGCUCUAUGUCCUCGUCCUUCCUUUCCAACUCUGCGCAAAGCUCAGGUGGGCGGCCAUUCCCGGAACCAUUGUUGCAGCAUACAUCAUCCUCGGCAUUGCCGCCAUCGGGCGAGAAAUCGAGAACCCGUUCGGCAGAGAUGUUAACGAUCUGGACCUCGAUCGCUACUGCACAAGUCUUCAACUCGACCUCAAUGUCCUCACCAGCUCCCCACCGCCAAAGGCCCAGGAAUGGCUCAAGGCCCCCGCCAAUACCCCGCUGUGGCCGUACAGCUUGAGCUCGUACGACAGCUGGCGAGCCCGUCAGGAAGGCGAGAUCCGGAGAGCGCUCGUGCAUAGGGUUGACCACCAGAGCGUUGAACUCGCAGAUCAUGAGGAUAGCGCCAAAAGGGUGGAGGGGAGGCACGGGGGUGUAUAGAUGGGUGGGGUAAACUUUUCAUGACUACAUGCAUUGGUGUGGCUGAUGCGUUUACGUGGGACGGACGGAUGGAUGAGCGCGUGGGCGGGGGUGGUAUUGCGAAGUUAUCGGUCAGCUAGUCUGGUGCACAUCUCCACUAAUCUUGCAUUGCGUGGUCCUUCAUUUGUAAUUUAGUAUUUUUUCUUCCGCAUAUUUCUCUCUGAGGGAUCAACUUGGUGCGAGGUGUAAUGUUGAGCACUAGUUUAUUAAUAUCUGGGGAUGUUGUAAUGGAAAGCAAAGUAGAGAUGUUUAGCUUG